UCUGCUCACACGCACAUGCCUCCCCUCCCCAGGCCGAGGCCCAGCUGACCCCCAGGGCUCCCACGGCAGCGGACAGGGAAGGGUUAAAGGCCCCCAGCUCCCUGCCCCCUGCCCUGGGGAACCCCUGCCCUGUGGGGACAUGAACAGUGUUUGCUGCCUGGUCCUGGUCGCACUGAGCCUGUGGCCAGAUAGAGCUACUGCCCCAGGGCCACCUCCUGGCCCCCCGCGGGCCUCCCCAGACCCUCGGGCUGAGCUGGACAGCGCCGUCCUCCUGACGCGCUCUCUCCUGGCGGACACCCGGCAGCUGGCCGCACAGCUGAGAGACAAAUUUCCAGCUGACGGAGACCACAACCUGGAUUCCCUCCCCACCUUGGCCAUGAGUGCAGGGGCGCUGGGAGCCCUGCAGCUCCCAGGAGUGCUGACACGGCUGCGGGCAGACCUGUUCUCCUACUUGAGGCACGUGCAGUGGCUGCGCAGGGCAGGAGGCCCUUCCCUGCGGACCCUGGAGCCCGAACUGGGUGCUCUGCAGGCCCGGCUGGACCGGCUGCUGCGCCGGCUGCAGCUCCUGAUGUCCCGCCUGGCCCUGCCCCAGGCGCCCCCAGACCCACCGGCACCCCCCUUGGCCCCACCGUCCUCAGCCUGGGGAGGCAUCCGGGCAGCCCAUGCCAUCCUUGGGGGGCUGCACCUGACCCUCGACUGGGCUGUCCGGGGCUUGCUGCUGCUGAAGACUCGGCUGUGACCCUCCACCCAGAGCCACCAGCAUCCUUCAAAGCCAGAUCUUAUUUAUUUAUUUAUUUUGGGACUGGGGGCAUUGCAGCCAGAGGACCCCCCACCCCACUGUCUCCCUGUAGUCAGAGGUGAUCCAUCCAGGAGACCUGGGUGGGAGUGGGGUGGAUCUGUGCCUUAUUUAUACUUAUUUAUUUAAGGGGGUGGGUGGGAGGCAGGUGGACUCGGGGGUCUCUGAGGAGGAGGGAACUGGGGUCCUGGAUUCUUGGAUCUCUAAGGAGUCUGGCCACAGUGUCUCCAUGAGACCCACCCCUCUGGGCCUGGGCAGGAGCAUGUAUUAUUUAUUAAGCAAUUACUUUUUGUGUUGGGGU